CUUCAACUUCGUCCCGUUACGGCACACCAUCUCCGCCUCGAGAACGAUUCAUUUCGGCUAAUUGUCGACGCUGGAUGAUAAAACGAUAUUGUUCCCGGUUAACAUUUUGGCCGAGAGGCGUUUCUCUCUCUCUCUCUCUCUUUCUCUCUUUUUCAACGUUUCAUCCAUCGUGCACGAGGGCACCUCGUCGCCGUUACGAGUCGGAAUUUCGUCCCGGGUAUAAUAUUCGCGUAGGUUUCUCCAUUUUUCUUUCUUCUUCAAGAAGCUCAAUCACAUUCCAAUAUCCGUUUCGAACGCCUCGGGUGAGAGAUUUUUUUCUCAAGGCUGACGACGCUUUAUUCCAAAAAGAAAAAAAAAAAAAAAUGAGCGCACACACAUUCCCAAAGGCGCGAAGAAUAGAAAAAAAGAGCAAUUGUUUUUUUCUUUUUUUUCGUAUCAACCUAAAAGAAACUUAUAAUUUUUCCAAGCGAGGAAAGCGAACCCACACGCGAAAAACAUGAGUUUCAAAAAGACGCGAUCGAUUUUCUAGAAAGGCUCCGUCUAGAGAAAUUAGCAUUUCAAGUGCCUUAAGAGACGUCAACGUGACAGGCUACGAGCUCGAAUCGAAGUGAGUUUUCGCGUUCUCUCGCGUUGACACGCUUGAUGAAAAAUGGCGGUGUUGAAUAGGGGAAGGCGGAGGCGGGGAAGGGAAGAGGAAUGAAGAAUCGACGACGAAGAAUUCGAUAUUAUUUUGCGUCUCUAUUUUUAACCAACGAAUGAAUUUCAAAGAUGAGAAAAAUUGUUGAGUUUAAUUAAAUUUUCCCUCGAGACACGAUCGUUCGAGCGUGUAUUAUCCUUCGUCUUUCGAAAAUGUCUUUCAAAAAAAAAUUUUUCAACCCCUCCAACGUCGAUCGUUUGACGGGUGUCGACGUACCUGAACAAUUCGUUGGUUAGAUUUCUUGAUUUCAUCAUAUUCUCUCGUGCGCUUACACGGCUGUCGGGGGAAAAAAAUUCCAACGAGGCGUAUAUAUAUAUACAUAUACAUAUAUUACAUACAUAUAUAUUAUUAAUUUAAGAGGUGCUCUUAACGAGCGUGUUCGGGUGAUGACGUUCGUAAUGGCUGGCGCAAUGGAGAGAGAUCCGACUGUGCGAGCCAUAUAUAUUCGAAAACGUGUCUGAUGGAAAAGGGAAGGGAAAGGAGGGGGAGGGGGGAAAGAAGAGGGAAAAAAAAAGAAAGAAAUAGAAAUGGAAUCACGAUGUAUCGAGGUUUUCGAAACGACGUGUAGCUGACAGGUCAGUCCGUCAGACUAGCGAUGAUUUUCCAUUCUUCGCUUCUUCAAGGGCCAGUAAAACGAUACUACGCACACACGCAUACACACACACACACACACACACAUCAUCAUACGAUCACUAACACGCGUACCUUAUCAACCAACCAACACGUAUAAAUUGCAUUCUUAAUCUGCGAUCAUGCGCGGUGCUCAAUCUUUCUUGGUGCUUUCGUACGUUGAAUUUGACGUGCGUAUAUUAUACAUCAACGUGGACAAUACGAGGUCGAUUCUUAAAGAUCCAUUAUACGCGAGAGCGUAAAAGGUGGGCAAGAGGUAGGUGUGCGCACGUGUUUGCGUCUAGGAGAUGUCGAGCCACAUAAGAAACGAAAAGCAAUACCGAGUAAUAUAUUUACUACGCGUAGAGUUAAGAUUAUAUUCUAUUAUUUUUUUUCUUUUUUCUUUUUUCUCUUUUUUUUUCUUUCUCCCCGCCCCCUCUCUCUCUCUCUCUCUCUCCGAACGCGAACUCACUUUCGAACUCAGGAAGAAUGGCUGCCUAUCCCCGAGGAGCACAGCCAAUUGAUUGGCCGAUUCUUUUAUUUCCAUUUUUACGAAGAAAAAAUUAUAUAAAUUAAUUAUGUAAUCUCCAACGAUCAAAGAAUUGCCGAAAGAAAAAAGAAAAAGAAAGAAAGAAAGAAAAAACAGGCCGGUGAUUUGAUCGACUCGGGUACGAAAAUUCUCGCGUACGCGUCGAAGAGCAAGAGAAAAGAAAAAGAACGGAACUACUAGGUCGUAAGAGAUAUUAGAUACUAGCCGAAUAACAAUACUACAUUGUACAUAGCACGUAAAAUUGUCCGUUGAUCAUCACCGACAGAAGAAGAAGGAGAAGGAGAAGAAGAAGAAGAAGAAGAAGAAAGAAGCAACGGAUCAUCGUAGCAUAAUUUCUCUCGCAAUAAUGUAAUCAAUGGGGGCCAGUAAUUCUCUCUCUCUCUCUCUCGGAUCUCGCACAGUGUUUCUUACACUGCGAGGCGCGUGGCGUGCCCUUUAUCUCAUCGAAUUUUUGGCGCAGUCGCGUAUACGUUCGACAUACGAAAAAAAAAAGAAAAAAAGGAAGAAAAAAACAGUUCGAGAACGUUUUCUCCGUUCGCGGAGAGGAACGAUCGAGCUUGGCGCGGAAACACAGCAUUCAGGUUCCUAGGACAGGUGUAUUACACGCAUCGAUCGUAUCGAAUGGGAACGUCGAAAAAAACACGUCGAAAUUGGGACGUUGAAAUUGGGCGGGCGUGUUUCCGUUUGAACGAUCUGCGCUGUACGCUAGCGAAACGAUCGACUGUCGUCCAAGUAAGUUCAGAGGGUUUAAGGGACGGUUGUUUUUUUUUUUCCUCUCUCUCUUCUUUAACAGUCGCGCGCGCCACCAACUAUUAUUUUGUAAGGAUUGUUAAGUGUAAUACCUAUGUCGCGUUAGGGUUGCGUAGGAUCGAUAAUAUAUAAUAUAUAUAUAUUAUACUACGAAUCACACUGUAUAAACGAAGGCAUUACUAUAACUUUGUACUUUCUAAUUAUACAUUAACCGCGGUCGCUUGAGGACGCGGUUCGCUAUUCGUACCGCGCACGUCGGCAGGGGAGGUUCGUUAGUGCAUUAAAAAGAAAAAAAAAAUAAAUAAAUAAAUAUAUAUAUAUAUAUUAUAUAUAUAUAAAUAAAAAAAAUCUAUAUAUAUAUACAUAUAUAGAUGAAUAUAGAUAUAUAUUGUAAAUGUGGUUGUAAUCUUAUUACUGUUAUAUCGAUAUAUCGAUGUCCUUGAUUUGGAUAAUUUAUUUAUUGCGAAUGUGAAUCGAAACGAAGAGCGUGUAAUUAUUGUAUACCGCGGACAGGAGAAAAUGAAAAAUGAGGAUACAUGAUUAUUGAGUUAAAAAAAUAGGGAAAUAUUAUUAAUAAUAUACGCACGAAAUUAUAUAUUUAUAUAACGUUAUCGGCGCGAGGGCACGCGUAUCAAGGACGCGGGUCCGCUCGCGCGAAAGUCCUAAAAAAAUAAAAAAAAAAAAAUAAAAAAAAAAAAA